AUGGAAAUAUCCAGUUCACCAUGGGACGAUGGUGGAUAUCGGCCUUAUGAGACGAACAGGGUAGCUGCAUCACCACUGUUAUCACCAUUUGAAAACGAUGAAAGAAUAGAAAGUACCCGGUCUUUGGGCGAUCAUUGUUUUGAGCCUUUACCAUACAUGACAAACUAUUCUUCUGUCUUUGAGCUUUAUGGUAAAGAGAUAUUCGGUGACAAGGGAAAUGCGAGUUCAAGGAAUGAAUAUUUGCUGAAAAAAUACUAUUCUUUGAAGAAGCCAUUUGUGUUACGGCACAACAGUCAUACGUUGAAGAAUAUAGAUAUGCCGCCGCAAAGAAACGACAUUUUGCAGACUAACUUCAUGGUUGACAGAUUUCUGAAUCGCACCGCGCGAUCAUUAAAUUUUAGUAAUUUCAAAAUCAUCUCUGAUAUGCAAAAUAAAGGUGCUCGAGGAGCAAAGCUUGGCGUCAAUCAGGAUCAAAGCAUUGAUUUACCAUCUGUACCGUCUUUGAUGCCCUAUUUCCAGUAUUAUAGAAAGCUACUGACAGUAAAUACUAAAGAGUGGGAUAUUUUGAAACUACAUAGUUUAUGGAUACCAAAUCUAAGGAAGAAUUUCCAUGACUUUUCGUUAUACGGUGAUAUAGAUCUUUCAAAGAGUUCCGAUGGUCAUGAUGAGGAAGAUAUCACUGUGAAAAAAGAUCUUUUUUUUGAAAGAGCCCCAAGUCAACAGGUUUUGGACGGUAAAGGCUAUGUUUCUAAAAGAUAUGAAAUUUCGUCCGGUAAUGUGAUUAUCCCAUCCCUAUUUUCCGAAGAUAAGUUACCGGCGUUAACGUACCAUUGUUCGGUCGAAUUGAAUGGUAACAUUUACAUGCUCGGAGGGUUAAUGCCAUGUUAUAGCUAUGAAGAGGAUGCGCCAAUGCUAAACGAUUUUUUUGUUGAUGGAAUAAAAAACCUACCCCCGCCGUUAUUACCUCAAGUAAUUAAUAAUCCUUCAAUGGUGAAUAACCCUCAUCUUUAUGUGGCCUCUGUAGCGUCAUGUCGCUUUAGCAAGCCCAAGAUGAGAGGUUAUAUACCACCUCCACUACUCUGUGUACAAGGGUCCAAAUUAACGGACCGACAUAUUUUCUUUUACGGUGGAUUUGAAAUUAGAACCGAAACCCGCGGUGAUGAAAAUGGGAAAUAUCACCUCAAAAAGAGAGUGUAUGUAAAUAAUACAGGCUAUAUUCUUGAUAUCGUAUCAUUCAAAUUUACAAAAAUAGAUGUCAUCGUCCAACCUUCAAAAUAUAAUGCAUAUCCGACAAUGUCAUCUAGAUUUGGUCAUUUGCAGAUUUCCAUUGAUAAUCCAAAUAGAAGAAAUAGUGUUCAUUCCGGCAGCACGAUUGAAAGUCACAAAACGGCGGGGACUCCUAUGAAACGGAACACUAGUAUUUUUUCAGGACGACUCGAAAAACCAGCAGUGGUUUCAUCAUUACCGCACAAUAAUGCCGCACCUUCUUGUGUACACACGGUUAUAAUAUUUGGCGGCUACAGACAAACUGGUGAUGAUCGUUACGAGGCAAUGAGUGAUCUAUGGAAGAUCGAAAUCCCCGUGAUACGUCGUGGUAAAAGAGGCUAUUGUAAAUUCUCAGAGACAGCUAACGCAAUACUAAUGACACCGAGGGAGAAGGACAAGUCAGACUGGCCCGAAGAACGGGCUUUUGCAGCAUAUUCCCUUCAUGGCACGUCGUUGAUGGACAGAAGUUUGCUUGAUAUGAGACUAUUGAACAAUUUAAAGAAAAACUUUGUCAUAAAACCGUCAUAUAUAGCACGAGAUCCCGUUGCUAGCCCUAAACCGGUUUUCCCUAUGAUGGUGCAUAGUACGCACCAAGAUCUUUUCAGUAGUAGCACUGCAAGGGAUGAACCCCCGGCAGCCGGUGUCAGCGCCGGUAAUGCAAGUACUGACAACAGCGUUGAUCCCAAUAUCAACCACGAUUUUGAAAAUCUCUUGGUCAAUGCAGGGGAAAAAUCGUCAUCCAUUCCCAUGACUACAAUUGGAAGACAGAGAUUAAUCCUGAGCCAAGACAAGCCUAUAUGCAAAACCAUUGUAUUGCAUGGAGGGUCCAAUGGUCUCAAUGUACUUGAUGAUAUGUGGCUGAUGGACCUGGAAAGUGAGACAUGGACGCCUAUAGAGACAUUUGCGAGGAGAGAUUCGAGCAAAAGUGACGAUGAAAAAUUGGAUAGUGUCAACGUGGGACUCGUUGGUCAUAAGAUGGAAAGUAUUGGACGAAUAUGUGUGUGCAUGGGUGGUAUGACACAAGAGGAUGUUAACGAAUUUUAUUCAGAGGACAACGAUGAGCGUUCUCAAAAGCCUAAAGCCAAUAAGUUACCGUUAGGUGCCAAUUUCUUGAAUACGAUUGAUUUGAGCACGCAAUGUUGGGAAGAGCAUAAAAUUAUUUUAUCUAAGAAGGAAGACAAUCAGGACGGACAAGAUAAGGAAAAUGAAAACAUCGAUUCAAAUAUAGUAGUUGGUGUUGGUGGGACUUCUUUGCAGUGCGACAAAAGCAUCAUUUUAAUUGGAGGACUGAUUUCUAGGCGAAUUAACCUAAAAGAGAUAUAUUUGCAUGGGACCAUAUUGAAAAGUAUUUUUCCUAGCGUAAACCCUUGUACUUAA